AUGCGCCGUAGAAAAGGUAAGACUCCUUCAUCAACAUCUGCAUCUUUUGUAUGUAGCAACGUAGAUCUACUAUCAAAGAUUUUACUAUGUCUACCAAUAAAAUCUAUCAUCGCAUUGAAGUUGGUAUCAAAACAAUGGGAUUCGGUAAUCUCAGAUUCUAGUUUUCAAAAAACAAUUGAAAAGAAGUGUCAGCUUUCGCAUUCUGGAUUGUUUAUGCCCAAAUCAUUGUGUUCAAAGUAUAGAUUAAUAGAAUUUGAAUACAACUUGGUUAGCAAAGAUGCUACUAGUUGUGUCCCUUUCAGAACUUUGGCUUUUGGUAAAAAUAAAGAAGGUGUAAGAAUUGAACAAUCUUGCAACGGCCUUCUUCUAUGCAGUAGCAAGACGUCGUCGACUUGGGGUCGUGUGUACUACGUUUACAAUCCAUACACAGAACAGUAUAAACUGAUACCUCGCAGACGUGGUUUUUGUGUGCUUGCUUCAGUUAGUUUAGCUUUCGAUCCAUCGAAAUCACCUUAUUACAAAGUUGUAAGUUUAUGGCAAAGGCAACUUGGCCGACGAAUUGAAAUUUACUCUUCCCAGACUUCUUCUUUGAAAAAUUGUGGAGAAAAAUUUGAAGUACAGGGUCGUGUGUCAUCUAGCCCCGGUGUCUACUGGAAUGGUUCUCUGAACUGGAUGACCGAUCGGGGGAUUUUAGCUUGUUUUGAUAUAGACGUAGAAGUAAUCAAGCAUCUUACAGUAAUGCCAUAUCUAAUUGAUGGAGAAAGAAAAAGAGUCUGUUACUUUGAUGCUUGCAGGGGUCACCUGCAGAUAAUUGUACGAGAUAACACGGGUGUAGGUAGCCGUUUUGAUGUCCUGGAGGUGGAGAAUGCGCACACAGGGUGGAAUCUAAAAUAUCGUAUUGAUUUGGAAUCGAGAUUAAAAGUCUCAUACCCUGGCCUGAGCUGGUUCGAGACGGCCUAA